AUGUCUGAAAUGUCAGACUGGAACCGGAAUGGUGUUACGAAACCACGACUGAGCCGUAGCAGAGAACUAGAAAUGAAAACUACUCUUCAAGAGCUAUUGUUAUACAUCAUUUUCCUUACAGAUCUCUGUAUAUUGACAUUUGGAAUGGUGAGCACAGAUAUGUAUUACCUAAACAAAGUCAUGUCGACUCUCUUUCUGGAAACCCCUUUGUCAGAAGCAGAUGACACUGACUUCAAGUCCAUUGCAAGUGUUACUGACUUUUGGAAGUAUGUAGAAGGACCUCUUCUGGAUGGCCUUUAUUGGGACACAUUUUACCCUAGUAGUACUACACCUAUUCACCCUGGUAGUUCUACGAGUCAUAUCUACUACGAGAACUUACUGUUAGGAGUAGCUCAAGUUCGGCAGUUAAAAAUCCGUAACGACACAUGUUCUAUCUAUCCCUCUUUCCGAGCAUUUAUGAAAGAGUGCUAUGGUCCAUACCGCUAUACAUCAGAGGAUAAAGAACCCUUUGGCCUUAAGAAUGAUACUGAGUGGCGGUAUUCUAUUGCUAAGUCACUAUCCUUGUGGCAUUGGGGACGUAUUGGUCUAUACAGUAAUGGAGGAUUUACAUUCACCUUGCCUAAGUCAAAGAAUGCAAGUAUAGACAAGCUCAGCUAUCUCAAGGAGCAUGGUUGGCUCACCAGAGGGACAAGAGUUGUCUUCAUUGACUUUUCAAUGUAUAAUGCCAAUGUAAACCUCUUCUGUAUAGUCAGGCUGGUUCUGGAAUUUCCUGCAACAGGUGGAAUACUCCCUUCCUGGCAGUUCUAUUCAGUAAAGCUUCUCAGAUAUGUCACUUACUAUGAUUAUUUCUUGGCCUCAUGUGAAGUCAUCUUUUGCCUCUUCAUCUUAAAUUUCAUCAUUCAAGAAUGUCUAAAAAUAAAAACACUAAAAAAAGAAUAUGUUAAAAAUGCCUGGAACUGGCUGGAUGUGUUAUUGAUCCUGUUGUCUGUUUUUGCUAUUGCCUUCAAUGUUUACCGCACUAUGGAAGUCACCAGGUUGAUGGAAAAUCUGCUCUCCAAUUCAUUUGCCUAUCCAGACUUUUAUUUUCUUGCAUUCUGGCAGACACGUUACAAUAAUAUGAUUUCAGUGAAUGUCUUUUUUGCAUGGAUAAAGAUAUUUAAGUACAUAAGCUUUAACAAGACCAUGACUCAGCUGUCUUCCACUCUGUCCCGCUGCGCUAAAGACAUCAUAGGAUUUGCGAUCAUGUUCUUUAUCAUCUUCUUUGCGUAUGCACAGUUGGGUUACCUGGUUUUUGGGUCGCAAGUGGAUGAGUUUUCCACCUUCCAGAAUUGCAUUUUUACCCAGUUUCGCAUUGUGCUUGGAGAUUUUAACUUUGCCAGUAUAGAACAAGCAAACCGGAUCCUUGGACCCAUUUACUUCAUUACAUUUGUAUUCUUUGUGUUCUUCGUAUUGCUGAACAUGUUCUUGGCGAUCAUUAAUGACACAUACUCUGAAGUGAAAGCUGACUUUUCAGUUAUCCCUAGCAGAGAAUUUGAGAUCAGUGACCUUAUUAGACAGAGUUACAAUAAAGCUCUGGUGAAACUGAAACUGAAGAGUGCAUCACAGACAGAUUUGUACACAGUAAGACACAAGGAGAUGAGGGGUCACUGGCCAACAAAAGCGGCCAGAAAGCAGAUGCCCAGAGAAAGGCACUCAGACCCUGAGAAGGAACAGUCACCAGAACCUGACAUGUCUCAUAGGGAGGAAGGGGAGUUCCUUUCUGAUGAGAAAGUGGAAGAUAUUAGCGUUCCACAGCCAGCCUCACGCUUGUUUAAAGCAGAGGACUUUCACUAUCACGUGACAAAUAAAGACCCUACUCUGUCUCAAGAAAAUGUUCAGGCUUCAUCUGUCACCUUCAUGCAAUGUAGUGCCAUAGUUGUGGUGCAGCCCAAGAGUGACCUUGCCAUGAGCACGUUGCCUUCUCCCUCGGGAUCGCCUUCUGAUUACCAAUAUUGGUGUCCUGAUGAACAAGAUCGGCCUGAUAACUAUCCGUAUUAUUAUCUGAAGUCUCCUACUCCUCGCCGACACCACUAUGAUCGGCUUCGUCACUUCGAACAUCCUGAUCAUCUACGCAUAUCAGAUCACACCAGACGUUCUCGGUCCAUGACUUUGACCCGCUCUGUGGCUCCUGACCAGCCUCCUGAGCUCUCGAGACCUAGGGAGGCCCCAAAGUGUUCUCCCUCAGGACCUGGGCUUCAUUCCCCUACUGAUGACUCGAUACCGGCUGAUCUCACUCAACCGCGGAGAUCCUCCUCUCCCAUGUCGAUUUCCGAUAACUUGGAUUCGGGAGACCUCAAACUCAAUGUUCCACACAUCAGCAAUGAGCUUCAGGCCUCGGGUUCUAUUUCACCAACUGAAGGUCCGAAAGCCCAUGCUUGGCUAAGAGGUACCUCUUUACAGCCCGAUGUGAAAUUUCGGAUUGAGGACCUCCCCUUCGAUGGUGAAGGUCUCUUCCACUCUACCACUGACGAGGCCUUAAAGGCUGUCGAUGAUAGUUGA